GAUAAAGGCCCUUGCACAAUAGGCAAUAGCGAUAGGCGAUAGCUGGCGAUAGCAACAGCGAUAGAAAAAUAGCAGAGGCAAUAAAUAUAAAGCAACAGCGAUAGCGAAAGCACAGCAAUAGAAAUAGAGUUCCGACACUAGAAAAUGCAUAUGCCAAUGCAGAAUGGAAAACGGAACAGGCAAUAGCGACAAAAUUUCCGAAUUUCGCCUAUCACUAUCGCUAUCGCCUAUUGUGCAAGGGCCUUUAAUAUCUAUCCAAAAAUCGAUUCUCGAUUAUCGGAAGAUCGUUACGUCGUAUCGAAGAUAAUUGAUAUCGCGGGCUGUGGACACGGUAAACGGUCGUCGUCGUCGUCGGGACGCCGGGGACAGUCUUGCUAGAGUAGAGCUUUAGUUAACUUCAAUCGACUUCAGCGAAGUCCACUUUGGUCAGCUUUAGUUGCCGCAUUGAACGGUAUACGACGAUUUUCGCGAUAAAGGAGAUUAGAGUUUCUCGUGGUCCUCUUCAUCACUCUUUGCGGCAUUAACCGCCGCGCGCACGUGGUUGCUCGUGGUCCGCCCACAAAAUAAUCAGCAUAAAUGGCACCGCGUAGAGCAAAGCAGACGGCAACGGAGGGCACCGCGGUAGCUGCCGACGGCAACGUGACACCGCCGAAAAAGAGGAAGCUCGCAAAUUCAGUUACGGAAGGACCGCAGCGACUCAAGGCGCCACUUCGGACAAGGACAAAGGCGGCUAAACGCGAAGAAAACGCAGCGGCUGACGAGUCCGCAAGUCCACCCAAAAGAUUGCGCCUCCGGCCUAGAAAUGCCACUACGAAGGAGAAUGUCGAGACGGAGGGCACACCUAGGCGAGUCCGAGUCAUCAAACGACAGCGUCAGAGGAGACCGACAACGGCAGUAGAGAACACAGGCGAAGAGAUCGCUGGACAGAUGGUGGGAGAAAAAUCGCGUGGCAAACCCGCGGUGGCAAAAAAGGCGGGAACGAAGAAGCCGGCCGCGGCGAAGGUGCAAUCUCAAGUACCUGAAGAAACGGGCAUGAAGAAGCGAGGAAACAAGGUCACAACCAAGAGUGAUAAAGAUGUCAAGGAGAAGGAGACCGGUAGAUUUGCCCCCGUGAAGAGGAGCCGUCGUGUAAAUAAGCCUGCGGAGGAGGAGAGUCAGCAGCCAAUAGUGGAACAGAUUACCACGAAGACUUUAAGGAAGCACAAAAUCGUUGAAGAAGCCGUUGAAGCCGUUGCAAAAGCCUUUAAAGCCGUUGAAAAAGCCGUUGAAGAAGUGGAUACAGAGGAAGAACUCGUGACCAAUAAAAAAACUCGCGGUAGAGCGAAAAAGACCGAAGCAGAUAUUGGUGAUGCACUGAAGGUGAAGUCCAAGGAAAGGUCAAAAAAGGGUUCUACAAAAUCAGAUACUAAAGUAUUACCAAAGAAAUCAGGAACUGUGGAACAUGAUAUUGAGACUACAGCAGCGACAGAAAAUAAUUUAAAAGCAAAAGAUACCAAAGACUUGAAGAAACCUGUUUCCAGAGCAAAACAUCAUUCUAGGGCAAAAAAGGUCAACAACGCUCAAGCAGAAGAAGUAGCAAUACCCGAAGCAAACAUUGAAGAAAAGGGUAACACUAUUGCUGAAAUGACACAAACAGAACACAAACAAAAGAAGGGAAAUACAGAAAGUGAGGCAAACAAUGGAAAACUUGAAAUAAAGAGAGGAAAAAAGAAAGAGCAAGAAGUCAUUAUUGUAAAAGAAGAAACAAUGGAAAAUGCAAUUACCGAAGAUGAAACUGAUGACAUAAAUUUAGUACCGCAAAUGUUAAAUGAGACCGUAACAAAGGAUGUUCCUGCCAUCAUCAACAAUGGUUCUCUACAAGAAGCAGAAGACGCAGAGAGCAUACAUGAGGCCAAUGGAGGUAACGCAGAAGAAGUAGUAGUAGUAGAAGAUUUAAACCUGACUACAAAUAAAUUGUUAAUUUAUGAGACUGACUAACUGAGAAAAAGGAAAGAAAGUAUUUUGAGUAGAUGGUUUAAAAGAUGUGCAUUUAGGACUUAGAGGAACAUAUUAACAUAUUUUCUAUCUAAUUAAUAGACGCACACAGAGAGAGAACUAUGCGUUUUAUUUUUAUGGAAUAAUCUGAUAUUUUAAUAUAUUUUUCACGAAAGUAUACUUGCGAUAUAUAAAUGGUUGGGUCUUAAGAUCGUUGAUUUACUACUGUAGCCAUAAUUUAAGUAUAUCUUUGGUAUCUGAUCUGAAAAUCCUUAUUGUUCUAAGAAAGAAUAUUUAUUUUUUUUGAAAAAAGUAAAUAUAUAGAGAGUAAAUUUAUAUUGUUGCCCGUAUUAUUGCAUAAGAGUUAGUAAUAAGUGAUAAUGUUACCCGAAAAUGUUUUGAAACAAAACAUGUUUUCUUUAUGAAUGUCUUUCAUCGAGAAAAGGGUUCUGCAAAAUCAGGUAUUAAAGUAUUACCAAAGAAAGUUUAAUGUCGGUUUUUUAAUAUGUAUUGACUGUUGAAAACAUAGUACUAUAAGAAACAAUUUAAUAGAAUUUGAAAUUCUGAGUGUGCGUACGCGCAUACACAUCGAGUAUAUAAAACAUGGAUGUGUGCGUGUCUUUUGUUCGACAUAAAGAUUUUUGUUCAACGAUAUAGUUAAAUGCAUGACACUUGUGAAUAAAAUAAUUUACGUUUAAACAACAA